AUGGAGCUCUCCAUUGUUCCCCGGGCGCAUUGGCUCAGCAGACUGAGGUCGUGUCUCCGCCUACUCAUCAUCGUGCUCAGCGGCGCCGUCGUCUGCAUGCUGAUGCACACGCUCGAAAUCUAUCGCGGCAACAGAUACCUCGACCUGCGCAGAGGCGAACUCCCCAUGACCUGGCCCGCCCACACCAACCUCGCACCCACCAUAAUACUCUUCGCCAUUGCCGCCGCCAACUUCCUCGCCUCCGCCGCUAUCCUCUCGCUCUCGUUCAAGCGCUCCUUCCGCCGCCCAUUCCGCUCACGAGACGUUUACCGCAUUGUCGCUGGGAGCUUUGGCGUCAUCAUGUGGAUCACUGCUUUGGUCGUAUUCAAUCUACUGGACAAGGCUAGCAAAGCCAGCUUAGGCCGAUACUCGUGCACCAACGCGAAUGUGCUGAGCAACGGGCGCUAUCAGUAUCGCGCCGUCUGCGAAGAGCAGGGACUCGCAUUUUACACUGCCAUUGGUGCCACGUGUGCAGAAACCCUGACGCUCAUCACCCUCGCCAUAUCCGCCAUCCUCUCGGUCAAAAACCAGGAGCCUCCACCAACGAUUCAGAUCCGCGAGAAGAACAAUUCCAUAAGCUCCGGCUCCCAGUUCCACAAACCUCUGAAAAGAUAA